AUUCAGAUAAAAUAAAGAGAACUGAAACAUGUUUCAAGCCGGAUCUGGAGAUGUUUGCUUUCACUACAGUUAAAUCAGGCCACAUAGUGCAGGGACUUAAUCUCUUUUGGGCUCCACCCUGUUUUCCCUGAGCAGGUCACCAAAUUAGGUUUCCAUAUUUUGGCCAUAAAAAAACAUACCUCAGUUCAAUAAGAGUUCUUAUGUUAAACUGAAUCCUGUCAACAUGCCACCCCCACUAAAGCAGCUGAUGUUAAGUAUGGGAAUGUAUGAUUAUGACAAACAAGUUUUGGCAGUCAGCUGUUGUUUUCCAUUUCUAUGAGCUUAAACACAAACAAAAACAUUCAGAUCUUUUCGGGUCAGUUUCCAGCAAUGUUUUUUUUUUUUUUUCCUCUCUCUCUUUGGAGACACAUAAAAGCAACUGCAAGGUCACCAACUCAAUCUCUGAAAACUUGUCAUAAAAAAGAGCUUUGUGGUAUGCUUUGUUAUGCACUCAUGUAGUGACUGACAGAAAUACAAUAGAGAAACCAUGUGUUGCCUGAAGGAGGGAAUACACCCAUAUUACUACUGGGCAGCUGUGGUGUAGUGACAUCAUUCAGUACUUCCCUCUGCUAUGUUCUCUUAUUCAAAACAGAAGGGCUGGACCCAAUGGUUUCCAACCUGUGGAUCGGGGACUCCAAGGGGUCCGAAGUGUUUCCUCAGCUGAUAGAAACAGGAACUGUCCCUCUAGUCCUACAUGCUUUGGUUGUGUGCCUGUUGUGCCUGUGCCUGCUGUUUUCUGCCGGCAGCAUCCUUAUCUCCCUCUACAACAGCGUCAGUAACCCUUAUGAAACCUACAUGGGGCCUAUUGGCAUCUACACCUCCAGCUCAAUCAGCACAUGUUUGUCUGUUCUGGUCCUCAUCAUAUAUGUGCUGAACGUCAACGUGACCAGCAUGGCAGAGGAUUUGGUGGGGAAGUUCACCGAGGACACUCCAGUGGACCUGAGGAACAAGACUACAGAGAUGAGCGUCGGAUACUACCUGGUCAUCCCUUACACAGUGCUCUCUCUACUCGCCCUCGUCUUAAUCUACAUGUAUGACCAUGCAGCCUACACACAGAGGAAAGAACAGCAGAGGCCUACUGAAGAUGCACCCAAGGAGAUAAUGAUGUAUUAGUGGCAAUGGAGUCAGUUUUCAGUGACUCUGACAAAUUGCUCAUCAAGACUUCCUGGAGUCACUUAGUGCAAUGGGAAAUUAUAGAAAGAGAUUGUAGGUAUGUACUGUAAAAUAUGAAUGUACAGCUUGUUCAAUGUACAGAGAGUGGGAAUAGAUUUGUAGCAUUCAGUGCUGACCUGUACUAAACGCAACAUGUCAGUAGAUGUAUUUAAUGUCAUCACAUCAUGAGCAUCACAUUAUAAUCUCAGUGUUUUCAUCUGAUUUCAU